CUUGCCUUUACUCUACCCUUUUUCAGUUGUACUCCGGAGAAGUUACAGUGCGGUAGAUCAUCUGGGGAAAAUAUGUCUUCUAACAGCAUGUCGGAUCCACGGAGACAAAACAAGAUACUUAGGUACAAACCCCCCAGCACAGAUACAAACCCCACCUUGGAGGAUCCCACCCCCGACUACAUGAACCUGCUGGGCAUGAUCUUCAGCAUGUGCGGGCUGAUGCUCAAGCUGAAGUGGUGUGCCUGGAUUGCAGUGUACUGCUCCUUCAUCAGCUUCGCCAACUCUCGCAGCUCAGAAGACACCAAGCAGAUGAUGAGCAGUUUCAUGCUGUCCAUCUCUGCGGUCGUGAUGUCAUACCUCCAGAACCCCCAGCCAAUGUCGCCGCCAUGGUAACCAGCGCUAAGAUUCCAAGGGCCUCCAGAAGGAGGACAGAGCUAGACUCAGAAGGAGGGAGGAGGACGGACAGCUGAUCCACCCACCCCCAUCUGGGGCACUGGGAAAGAAGGAUUGAGAGUGAAGAGAAGGACAAAGAGAAAAGAGCGCAGUGCUCCAGUGCUUUUUAUCUCCCUGCUGUUGAGAAAAGGCUGCGCUCUUUCAUGUUUUUUGCACCCCAGGAA